CUAAUCUAAAAAAAACCACAAUCUAGUGAAACAACCAACAGCCGCUGUUUCUGCUUCAUCUUCGUCUUUCCCAGAUUCAUCGAUUGGUACUAUCAGAGCUGCCACCAUCUUCAAUCUAAGACAACUUACAGCGACCGAAUCCUAGUUUCUGCGAAAACGAUUAUUGACACUUUUCACAACAUUUGACAAACGAUGGCUUCAAGAUUCUGGACCCAGGGCGGUAGUGAUUCCGAGGAGGAGGAGAGUGAUUAUGAUGAGGAGGUUGAAACUGUGGCCGGUGAAACUGCUGGUCAAGAGGUUCAAAGCAGGUAUUUGAAAGAGAAUGAAAGUGACAGUGAUGACUCUGAUGGCCAGAAGCGUGUCGUCAGGUCGGCCAAAGAUAAGCGAUUUGAGGAGAUGGCGGCCACUGUCGACCAAAUGAAGAAUGCCAUGAAGAUCAAUGACUGGGUCAGCCUGCAAGAGAGCUUUGACAAGAUCAACAAGCAGCUUGAGAAGGUUAUGUGCGUCACUGAGUCUGAAAAGGUGCCCAAGCUUUACAUCAAGGCACUUGUGAUGCUGGAGGAUUUCCUUGCUCAGGCUUUGGCGAAUAAGGAUGCUAAGAAGAAGAUGAGUAGCAGCAAUGCCAAGGCGCUGAACUCGAUGAAGCAGAAAUUGAAGAAGAAUAAUAAGCAGUAUGAGGAAAUGAUUACUAAGCAAAGGGAGAGUCCGGAGAGUGAGGAGGAAAAAGAGGAAGAGGAGUCUGAGGAUGAAUAUGAAAGUGAUGGUGAGAUUAUUGAGCCCGAGCAGCUUAGGAAAAGGGAGCCACAGUCGGAUUCAGAAGCUUCUCAAUAUGAUGAUGAGAAGCAAGAUGAUGGCGACGGACCCUGGGAUCAAAAGCUUAGCAAGAAAGACAGGCUUCUGGAUAGACAGUUCAUGAAAGACCCUAGUGAGAUCACCUGGGACACUGUUAACAAGAAGUUCAAAGAGGUUGUGGCGGCUAGGGGCAGGAAGGGAACUGGGAGGUUUGAACAGGUUGAGCAGCUUACCUUCUUAACAAAAGUUGCGAAAACACCUGCACAGAAGCUGGAAAUUCUUUUCAGUGUGGUCUCUGCUCAGUUUGAUGUUAAUCCAGGCCUCAAUGGGCAUAUGCCCAUAAAUGUGUGGAAGAAAUGUGUUCACAAUAUGCUGAUCAUUCUGGAUGUUCUAGUACAGUAUCCAAACAUAAUGGUUGAUGAUUCAGUGGAGCUAGAUGAGGCUGAAACUCAGAAAGGGUCUGACUAUGAUGGGCCUAUUCGGGUUUGGGGUAACUUAGUUGCUUUCCUAGAAAGAAUAGAUGCCGAGUUUUUCAAGAGCCUGCAAUGCAUAGAUCCUCAUACGCGUGAGUAUGUUGAGAGACUCAGGGAUGAACCCUUGUUUUUGGUUCUUGCUCAGAAUGUCCAGGAGUAUCUUGAAAGGACUGGCGAUUUCAAAGCUGCUUCUAAGGUGGCCUUGAGGAGGGUUGAACUCGUUUACUACAAACCACAAGGGGUUUAUGAUGCUAUGAGGAAAUUGGUUGAGCUGACAGAAGAGGGAGAUAAUGGAGGGGAGACUGAGGAGUCAAAAGGUUUUGAGGAAACAAGAAUUCCUAGUGCAUUUGUUGCUACUCCAGAGCUUGUGGCCCGGAAACCCACUUUUCAUGAGGAUAGCAGGUCUCUAAUGGAUGCAUUAGUAUCUGUGAUAUACAAAUACGGAGAGGAGCGCACUAAAGCACGUGCAAUGCUUUGUGAUAUAUAUCACCAUGCUCUUCGUGAUGAGUUCUCAAUAGCCCGUGAUCUACUGCUUAUGAGUCAUUUACAGGAUAAUGUUCAGCAUAUGGACAUUUCAACGCAGAUUCUUUUUAACAGAGCUAUGUCACAAUUAGGUCUAUGUGCUUUUCGGGUUGGUCUGAUUUCCGAAGCACAUGGCUGCUUAUCUGAACUUUAUUCUGGUGGGAGGGUGAAAGAGUUGCUUGCGCAAGGCGUGUCACAAAGUCGUUAUCAUGAGAAAACCCCUGAACAGGAGAGGUUGGAAAGAAGACGUCAAAUGCCAUAUCAUAUGCAUAUAAAUCUCGAGCUUUUGGAGGCAGUUCAUCUUAUAUCUGCUAUGCUUCUAGAAGUUCCCAAUAUGGCAGCCAAUGUUCAUGAUGCAAAGCGCAAGGUCAUCAGUAAGACAUUUCGUCGCCUGCUUGAGGUCAAUGAUAAGCAAACCUUUGUCGGUCCACCUGAGAAUGUAAGAGAUCACGUCAUGGCUGCCACAAGGGUUCUUAGUAAAGGAGACUACAACAAGGCUUUUGAAAUUAUUGUCUCUCUUGAUGUCUGGAAAUUUGUGAAAAAUCGAGACACCGUGCUUGAAAUGCUAAAGGACAAAAUCAAGGAGGAGGCACUCAGGACUUAUCUGUUCACCUUCUCCUCAUCAUAUGAUUCUUUGAGUGUGGACCAACUCACCAAAAUUUUCGACCUCUCUGUUCCCCGAAUUCAUAGCAUUGUCAGUAAGAUGAUGGUCAACGAGGAGCUUCAUGCAAGCUGGGACCAGCCAUCUGGGUGUAUUGUUUUCCAAAAUGUCGAGCUCUCUAGGUUGCAGGCAUUGACGUUCCAAUUGACUGAGAAAUUGUCUAUCUUUGCAGAGAGUAACGAAAGAGCUGCAGAGGCAAGGAUUGGUGGUGGUGGAUUGGAUCUGCCUCCAAGGCGGAGAGAUGGCCAGGACUAUGCUGCUGCUGCAGCUGGUGGAGGUGGUGGAGCAGGUGGAAGGUGGCAAGAUUUGUCCCUUUCUCAGCCUAGGCAAGGCAGUGGGCGUGCAGGUUAUGGUAGUGGUGGUGGAAGGCCAUUUGCAUUCAAUCAGGCAGCAGGUGGCUAUUCAAGGGAUCGAACGGGACGAGGAGGCGGUGGUGGGGGUGGUUAUCAGAGUCAAUAUGGAGGUUCAGGGAGGGCUCAUCAGGGAGGUUCAGCAUUGAGGGGACACCAUGGCGAUGGAUCUUCUCGCAUGGUUAGCCUCAAGGGAGCUCGUGCUUAAAGAAGUUUAUUUGAGAAAACUCAUGGUAUAAGCUUCUAGUAUUUGAUAAGUUAUUUGUAUGAGUAUUGAGAAUUUGACUAAAUGCACUAGGACAUUUUGGUUCUCAUUUUUGUACUGUUUUAUUGAACUUCUUCAUCUAAAGUUGCAAUGAUGAAGUUAUGAGUUUUUAUUUA